UUUUGCCUGAAGCAAGGGAUGUUUCCCUCCUCCUGUGACAAGCAGCAGCCUGCAGUCGAAGAGGGGCAGGGACUGAACUGACUCUCCCGAAGAGCAGAAGCACUCAGGAGCAGAUCUUCAAGAUAGCUAAAGAGUAGACUUUGGAUACAAUGGAGAAGUGGAAACAUGAGUGACGUAUAGUAAAAGUGAAGAAACUGUCCUCUGCUUGAACUGUUCCCAUCCCAGCUGGUCAUUAGAAGAAUCUAUAACUAAGAACUGGCACAAUGUUCCGCAAGAAGAAGAAGAAACGCCCUGAGAUCUCUGCUCCACAGAACUUUGAGCAUCGUGUGCAUACCUCAUUUGAUCCAAAAGAAGGAAAAUUUAUUGGCCUGCCUCCUCAAUGGCAGAAUAUCCUGGACACUCUUAAACGGCCCAAACCUGUUGUAGACCCUUCAAGGAUCACCCGGGUACAGCUUCAGCCUAUGAAGACGGUGGUGAGAGCCAGCACGUUUGAAGUGGAAGGAUAUAUCUCUGGGAUACUCAAUGACAUCCAGAAGCUCUCCCUCAUCAGUUCAAACACCUUAAGAGGGAAGAGCCCCACUAACAGGAGAAGAGCCCAGUCGCUGGGACUUUUGGGAGAAGAUGGACCCACUAACAUGUACCUACAGUGUGCUGAACCAGACUGGGCAGACAGAUAUGGAAACUACCUCAACUGCAAUGGUGGGACCAAGCCAUCUAGACGGCAGACCUUGUGGCCGGAUUAUAAACCUACAUCAGACAACCAGGCUCACACCAAUGGCCUUGUAAUGAAAGCGCAGUCCCUGGGCCCUUCGGAAUUCCAGGGCGCAAACGGCCGCUUUACCCCACUCUCUUCAGGUUUUCAGCAUCAGCAGUACAUCCCAGUUCCUGUGGGAAACAGUGAAAAUGCUGGAAGGGGAAGAAACUCAGAAGAGCACUAUCAGCCUAGCCUGGGGAGUCAAGCUAAUUUAAGGCCGCCUGGGGAAGGCAGCCCUGGCUCCAAAUCAAGAGAGAACAGCUUGAAGCGGAGGCUAUUGAGAAGUGUGUUCCCCUCAUCCAGCGUCUCAAACAAGACUGGAAACAACCAACAGAUAAAGCCCAGUCCUUUCUUUCGGCCGCUACAGCACUGGGGUUCACCCUACAGCCCUGCAGCCAAAUCCCAGUCACUUCCCUCUGACCAGCCAGCGCCGGAUUAUGCUAGGAUAUCAGAGACUGGCACUCCUCAGAAAUCCCCAACAGCAGAGAAUGCAACUCCCCUCCCUCCAGGGAGACCGUCGCCAGCGGGAUCGCCCCGGAACAGGCACACCCAGACCAGCUCCAGCAACCUCCACCUUCCCUUGGACUUUAAAGCCCAGCCGUCCAAUGAGGACCCAGUCGUUGUAACUCAUGAGCAAUUCAAAGCUGCUUUGAGGAUGGUGGUGGACCAAGGUGAUCCCAGGACGAUGCUGGAAAACUAUGUUAAGAUUGGUGAAGGGUCUACAGGUAUUGUGUGCAUUGCUCGCGAGAAGCAUUCUGGGCGGCAGGUGGCAGUGAAGAUGAUGGACCUACGAAAGCAGCAGCGACGUGAGCUUCUUUUUAAUGAGGUGGUGAUAAUGAGAGACUACCAACAUGAUAAUGUGGUGGAGAUGUAUAAAAGCUACCUUGUUGCUGAUGAGCUCUGGGUGUUGAUGGAAUUUCUCCAAGGAGGAGCUCUCACAGAUAUUCUCUCCCAAAUCAGAUUAAAUGAAGAGCAAAUUGCUACAGUUUGUGAGUCAGUCCUGCAGGCACUUGCUUAUCUGCAUUCCCAAGGUGUGAUUCACAGAGACAUUAAGAGUGACUCCAUUCUCCUGACCUUUGACGGAAGGGUGAAACUCUCCGACUUUGGCUUCUGCGCUCAAAUCAGUAAGGAUGUGCCAAAAAGGAAGUCCUUAGUAGGAACGCCCUAUUGGAUGGCUCCAGAAGUUAUUUCAAGGUCCCCGUAUACCACUGAGGUAGAUAUCUGGUCUUUGGGAAUCAUGGUGAUAGAGAUGGUGGAUGGAGAGCCCCCUUACUUCAGCGACUCUCCAGUCCAAGCAAUGAAGAGGCUCCGUGACAGCCCUCCUCCCAAAAUAAAGAAUUCUCAUAAGACCUCUCCAGUUUUAAGAGACUUCUUGGAACGGAUGUUAACUCGAGACCCCUUAGAGCGAGCAACAGCCCAAGAACUCCUGGAUCACCCCUUUUUGCUUCAGACUGGACUUCCAGAGUGCCUGGUGCCCCUUAUUCAGCAGUAUAGGAAACACACCUCCACCUGCUGACCCUGAACUUAGGAAAUACCUAGUAUCGGAAGUGUUAACAUGCAGCCUUUCUCUUGGAGAUACUAACUGGAUUAGGAGGACCAGAUAAAGGGCAACCUAGUCCUGUGAACAUUGCUUGAAAGUUGUCGGUGUUCUUUCCAAGAUGUGAAUGUGAGGGGGAAGUUUCACCAUCUUUAGCUGCUUUUUAAUGUUUACUACUUCUUUUUGCAUUGCUGAAGACAAUCAAAAGCUGGAUUCCUACAAGUCCUAAUGUAUAUUGUGAAGCUUCUGGGAUUGUUUGUAUUUCAGGAGAGUUUGGCAUUUGUCAGAGGAUUUUUGCAACUUGAGUUGUACAACUCAAACCUCCAGAGACUUUGACUAUAUUGGAACAACAUUCCUCAAGCAGGAUGAUCUUUGUUUUUUAAUACUCACUGUCAGGCAGGCAUCCUAACUCUCACCCGAAAACAGCUUUUUGCACCCUGGUGACGUCCAAAAGUUUUGGAAGGCACCACGGUGGAGAAGGCUGCCCUAAAAUAACAAUCUCAUUUCAUUUAUGAACUAUAUAACCCUAUUACAAAAGAUUCUUAUACCUUUUUUCCUUUCAAAUCAUUUCUCCAGGACUUUCCUUUCCGUAGGAGUGAAUAAUACUGGGCCUGUGGCCUUUCAAACAUUGAGAGUGGUCUGUUAUUUCACAACCUUACACCAGCCGGAUCAUGGCAGACAUUUCUCUGGAGACACUGGAACCUUAUUCUUGAAACUCCAUGGCAUGUAAACACAGUGCCUUCUCUAGCAGUGACUGAAAAAGAAGGCAACACACGAGUUGUCCAAAUAAGAACUUCAGUUUGCUCGUACCAGGGCCUCUCUAAGUAUGCUAGACUUGUUCAAGGAUAAUGCUCUGAGGCAGCUAUUGGGUAGUGUUUUAUACCAGCUUUGGAUUCUGUGGCAAGGUCAAUAAAAUGUUGAAGCUCUCCCAUUCCACUAAAAGAAGUUUGUCUUGCUAGUGAAAAUGUUUAGUCUCUACCUACCUCCCAUGUUUUUAAGAGCAGGGGGAAUGCACGGAACUGAGUUUAAAUGUGUGCUCAUGGUUCUACAAUUUCCUGGAUGUAGGUGGACCACUUCUAAUAGUCUUUUCUAAAAUUGAUGCAGAAAUUUUGUUAUGGCAAGUCUUAUGAGUGUAAUGUCAAGAUCAUUUGAAGCAGAUUAGUUUAGGUUGUAUUAUGUGCAUUAAUAUGUGGAGUAUAGUUGUAACAUAGCUGAAAUUCAGUCUUGUGAUACAGAUGUUUUGCAUUUGGACUACAAGGGUUAUAGAAAGUGGGGAGGGAGAAGUUGAAGGGGGUCAGGUUUCACUUUUACUGCCUCAAAAUCUGCCCUCACACAAUAGGUUAAUCAUCCCCUCAGCUGUAAACAUGACAAUGUUAAAAAAACCCACAAAAACUUGAAAUACUGCAGGAAAGCUUGUUGUAAAAUAUUUCUGUAUGUUCCAGGAAUUAUGUGCAAAACAAAGGUUUAUUUCUUCCUUCUUUUUAACUUAAUGAU